AUGUCUAGCCGUGAAUCUUUGGGGGACCUGAUCCCCCAGGACCUGGCGGAGGUGUUUGCCCACGAGAGGCUCACCAAAGGGGGCCGAAGGAAGAAACGUCGGGGCUCCCUGGGCCGGGCAUUCAGCUGGCUCAAAGGGAAGAAGAAGAAGGACGUCAAUGCCAACGGACAAAGCCAGGACUUUCAUCCAGGCGGGCCAAUGAUGGGCAGGACCUCCGCACAGGGCCACAGCCAUGGUAAGAUCCACCAGGGAAUCUAAGAGAUUAUUGCCAUGUAGAUCCUCACUCUCCACUCUGACUAUGUUUAACAUUGUUUAGAAAUUAAAAUAUGUUUACUGCUCUCUCUCUUUCUAGACAGUAUUUGAAGAUGUGGCUUAGACUGUAUAUUGUUGUGUGUGAACUAUAAAUGUUGUUUGUUUGUUUGUUGGUAUCAUUUCAAGUGGAGGUAGGUGGCUAUUUUCUACUAUAGUCUAGUCUCUAGAAAGUGCCCAUCCCACAUUGGAGUUGGGUGUUCAGAAACAGUUCAAUAUCCUGGUCUUGUGCGCCAAGGCAUGUUUGCUCUCUGGAGGACUGUUUGAACAGUCUCUGACUCACAAGCUGCCCUUUGACCUCCCCCAGCCAUUGUAUGCUGUGAACAAAUCUCCAUCAGUCCUGUUCUGUGUUACCCAAACAACCUCCAGCACUCCGUGUUCAGGUUACACACAGGUCGAGAUUCCAUACUGUCAAACACGGAAGUAGACUCACAGAGGGGAUGAAAUAUGACACGUUAAAACAUACAGAAACGUACACAUUAAGACAUGCAUAAACUUACACACGUUUAGACAUACAUAAAUGUAUGUUUAAGUAUACAGAAACGUACCCCCCUUUAAGACAUAACAAACUAAUACACAAUACACUCAGCUGGCUGAAUAUGCUGUUCAGGUAUUAGUCUUAUUGGAGUGUGUGCAUGUGCAUUUAAUGAGAGAAUGUUGAACAGUAUCAGGCCUUCAAUGUUUUCUCAGUGUACUGUAUCCUGUGGUAUUGCCACAUUUUUCAGUGAUGUUUUCAAUGAUUAUGAGUUACUGUAAAUGCCAGUUUCACUUUCAAAUUCCGCUAAAUGUAAUGUUUGGAAAAUCACACCUACAGUCCAAAUUAUGCAAGCAGCACCACACAGAAACAAACACACACAGGCCAACAAACACACACAGGCCCAUUUGUUAAUUCGUAGCGUGCUCAUUUGAGUCAGCUCUUGCAAGAGCACAAUAGGCCUGCUCUGUUUAUUAAGAGCUGAUCCAGGUGUGUUUAUCUGUUAGUUCUAGUGCAGUUUUGGCUAAUUGCUCCAUAGACUAGAGUGAACCCACCCCUCCCUGCAGUCACACAGCUGAAAACACAGAGCUGCUAGCUGAAGUGGAAAGGUGUUUGUGGUAGUAGGGCCCACUGGAAAUCCCCAAUGUCUCUCACAAUCAAAACAUACUCACGCAUGAACAUAAAUACACACAGGGGUGCGCACACUAGUGAUGGUGUAAAAAUCGAUAGUUACAUAUCACAAUAUUAUUUUUGGAUGAUAUAUUGAUAUUUGACUCCCAAGUAUCGAUUUGUUGCUACUGUAGGUAGCGUUAGUUAGCGCUAUUCGGCUGCACCUGCGCCAAAACUCCAGUAUUUUUCAUUCUUCAUCUUUUUAAAUAGUGAGCAAAAAUGUUUUCAGCACUUUUAUUUCCCUUACUUAUCAAAACUUGUUUUCUCAUGUUCUCUCUUGUCUCUGCAGCAGACAGACUGUAUAGUGAGCAAUAUGUUUGGAACAUCAAAUCGCAAUAUAAUCACAGUAUUGAAUCGCAAUAGGGGGCAGGGAAUCGUUAGGGCGGCAGGUAGCUUAGUGGUUAAGAGCGUUGUGCCAGUAACCGAAAGGUCGCUGGUUCUAAUCCCCGAGCCGACUAGGUGAGAAAUCUGUCGAUGUGCCCUUGAGCAAGGCACUUAACCCUAAUUGCUCCUGUAAGUCGCUCUGGAUAAGAGCGUCUGCUAAAUGACUAAAAUGUAAAUGCAAUACAUAUAGAAUCAUGUAUCUUCACAAAGAUUGAAUGGUUAUGGGUCUGAAUAAAUAACUGCAUUAGCCUACCGCUAUCGCGCGCGUUCGCUCUUCUUUCAAACUAUCUGUGAGUUUUAUUGGCUGCUGUAUUUAACAUUCAGCAAAAAAGAGCUUGCGUCCCUAUUCGAAUAGUCUAUUGGUAUAAGAAAUGCAAAAAUAUAUGUCCAGCAAGCUAUUCUAGUCGAGCUUUUCCUGCAUUUGGACUCCAAGAGCAAAGGAGCGUUUUUUAAGGAAAGGCCAGCAGAGCACAGGUGCUUGCGUAUUGAGCAAGAGACAGAGGCUAUAAGUUAGAAGGUUAUUAUGCAUAACCCAUAAUUAAUUAGCAAAAUAUAAGGCUAAUACUGCAUUGAAUGUAUUACCUGAAAGAGGUAGGCUAGGACAUCCUAUAUAUCAAUCUAGAACAGGAUUAUCUAUUUUGGAUGCAAUUUGAAUGGAGUUGAUGGAGAAGGAGAGACUGCGUGAGAGUGCUCGCGCGUGCACUGAUUUAAAGCAACGAUAUUCGAGUGAUAGGCUGUUUUUAAAACUCUGCAGCUGCAAUUUAAAAAUAAAAUAUUCUUUACAAUUAAAAAACAAGGUGGCCCCUGAAAGCCAGAUGGAGUUGGGUAAAUUAGAUGCGCAUUCGGUCUUUAUAUUACUUUAGCAUAGGCUAUGAUGCAGCAAAUUUACAUUUUUACAUUUUAGUCAUUUAGCAGACACUCUUAUCCAGAGCGACUUACAGUUAGUGAGUGCAUACAUGUUUUCAUACUGGCCCCCCGUGGGAAAUGAACCCACAACCCUGGCGUUGCAAGCGCCAUGCUCUACCAACUGAGCUACAGGGGACUACCUGUCACAAGAAAUAAAGUUACCAUGAGAUGAUAGGUCUACAUGCAUUGUGAACUGUGCUCCAUACUGAGAUGGGCUGUCUGGCCCCACCAUGAGUAUUGAUUAAUCAUGCAGAGGCCGUAGAGAAGCCAGAUUUAGACAUUGCAUAUUAUUUAACAGUUCCAUGCUGUUCACAUAAAUAAUUUAUUAUAAUUGACCCGUUUCUCACAGUUAUUUAUCCCGGGAAAAGGGAGUGGUUUUGGGCGGUAAAUCUCGGUAACCGGGAUUCCACCAUUCAACCCUAGUGCCUAUUCAUCAUGUUAGUGGUGUGCUGUUAAGAGCUCUGUGAGAGAAUGUAAACUGUCAGUGGGGGAGAUUAGGUGUUUCUCCCCUGCCAAGGUCAGCAUGGGGUACCUACCUCCCCACAUUGUGCACAGCAGGGCAGAGGCCUCCCAUGGAAGGUUUUCCUCAGGGUUUCCCCUUCAAAUCUAUUUUAACCCAGUUCAGAGUUUAGUGUUCCCAUUUGGGUGUUACCAAUAGGUGGGGCUACAAAAUGAAUGGACUUCUGCCCUCCAGUGGUGUACAGCUGUAAUACCUGGAAAGGUUACAUAAUGUUGACCUAUCUGUUGAAGGAGAUUGAGAAGGGAAAGUUUGUAGCCUGAGCAGGGGUGCUGUGUCAAACGGUGGGAUAUUGCUGUAGUUCUAGUUGUGUGAGCUGAUUACUCACGGAUGCAGCAGUAAUGAAGUGGUAAAGAGGUAAAGCUUCCCUUCAGGUAAUAGAUACUAUCAUAAUAAAGAAGUCUUCAUUUUUCUAUGUGAUUUAUAGUCCAGCUGUUAUUACGCAAGGGAGCCCUCAGCGAUGAACACGUGGCCUGGCAAAUAACACCAAAAGGCAGUUUGGUUUUACCAUCAGCGUGACUGGCUCAAAUAAGAAAGCAACUAAACAAUUUACAAGAAAGAAGCAUAGUGCCAGGCAUCCGAUCCUGAAAAGCUCACAAUAUCACCACUGAAGGUUAAAUUCCUCCAGAUAAGCCAUAUUAUAAUUAAUGGCAGCUUAUUCUGACGGUGAUUAACAGUCAUACCAAAGAGGAUGGGUCCCAUCGCCCACCCCAGGCCUGGCAUGGGCAGAGGGCUGGUGUUGGCAUGCACCCAGUUAAUUAAAACCCCAGCCAGAACACUUACAGUAAGUAGAAACAAGGGGUUCUGUUUCUUAUGACCCAGCUCUCCCUCACAUAGAUCCCUCCCCCCUCACCCUCCUAUGAAUGAGAUUAAAUAGGUUUCCUUCAGAGAUCAAAACGUGUCUGGCUGGGGAUUGUGUGUGUUGGUGUAUCCAAGCAAUGCUAAUAUUAUAAACCUCAGUCUAACAGACAGUUGAUGUGUGUCCUGAAACAAUGUUCUCAAUGGAAUGGGGAAUGAGAGGCGAUCUACAGUGGUUUGUUUAGCGUUGUUAGGGUGUCAUGGACAUAUGGCCUCUUGUUCAGAACUUUUGUUGAGAAAUUGAGGCCAUGUUUUGUAAAUCUUUCUUCCAGUGCAACUCCCUUCAAAUAGUAUGUUUACCCCACCUUUCCUCUUGGUGGGAAUGUAUUGGUAAACAUGGACCAUAGAGUUUAACCCAGACAUCAUGUUUGAGUGCACAGUAGCUAGUAGAGAUGUGUGCUCCUGGACCCUCCAUUGUAAUGUGGGUUAACCCACUGGCCCAGUAACUGUGUUGACACAGCCUCCUGUGAUGACCUGUGAUGACCCGGACAAUGCCUCACAUAGGCCUGGGACACACAAUCCCAUAGGCUACUGACCCUUUGUGUGUUUGCUGUACAUGCGUGAUUUACCUGUGGGCACUGCACGCUUCACCUGCAUGUGCCUCAGUGCUUCUACCGUGUGUUAUUUGCCUUCAUUGCCCAGUUGGUCCUGUAAGCCACCUAGGAAAGCCAGGCUGUUAGCUAGCCUAAUGCUGCUGUUGUCGCUCAUAUCUUGUGCUCUCUACAGCUGAACUUCAACAGGCUCACACUAAUCUGACUGAUAGGGGUAUAAGGAGAGGGGGAGUGAUGCCAGAGUGAUAUGGUGCUACUGUUAACUUGGCACCUGUAGAAGGUCACCUGGAUUCUUGAUCUGUAGACGUUAUACUCUCACCCGGAGAUUCCAUGCAUUCCUCAGCUCUACACACACUAUUCCUCUGAGCCCAGAGAAUGGUGCCCCUUUGUACGGGUGAGUCAAAAGUUAUCACAGAAUUUUUUUUUUCUUUCUAGUUCUUCUAAAGUUUGCAUGAUUUUGCCACACCUGGACAAUGCCCUGCAAUAUUGUAGUCAUACAGGAGUACAGGAGGAGUACUGUACAGUAUUUCAGCAUGACUUUCAAUGUUGUCUUACAUACAGUUGAUCAGCUGCAUUUAUACACUGUCAGUUUGGCAUGACAUAUAGUUUCAUAAUGUGAGGGUAUGUAUGCAUGGUUGUGGGUGGCUCUGUACAGCAUGGAUAAACCUCUGAGUCUUGGAUGAUCACAUAAAGGCUGGGGAGAGCAGGAGAACAGGUUUUAGAGCCUGGAUACUGUUUCUCUUUCCUCAGCUUAUGUCGGGAAUCAAAUACACCGCCCUCUUCUGCAUUGUUACAUUGCCUCUGACUGCUGCAGGAGUUUAACAGAACUUGCUGUGGUGUGUGUGUGUAUGCGUGUGUGUGCUUGUCUUUCCUGCUUUGGUCUUAUGGGAAGGCCAGGACCUCUACCUUACCACUGUGUGUGAAAUACCUGAAUGUAACACCAGUCUGUCUGAAAGCAGUCACCGUGACACUUCCCAACGCCCCCUCCAGGGUCAUGUACAGGGCCAAUGUAUGCCUCUUAAUGACAGGGGCUGAAACAUUCCUUUAGACAUUGAGCUAGAGAUGUCCAUUAUUUUCUGUGCAACAGCUCAAGCUCAGCCUGUCGCUUGUAGGAUUUUGUUUCCUGCCUAGUAAUUAACAAUACAGAUGAAUGGGAAAAAGUUGUAUGACAUAGCAUGUAAUAACAUUUUCAAUUUGAAUAUUUGGGAAUAUUAGUCAGCACAUCCUGAUUUUGAAGAGGUCAGAUUUUUUUAUAUAAAGUGCCAGCAUGCAUGCCCUCUAGUCCUAUUUCUAUAAUGUGUUGGAUUUCAUCACUCAUUUCACUCUUUGUAAAAGUCUAAUGCUUAGUCUAAUCAUUACCUGGUCAAGCCUCAUGGCGAUCAACAAACACGAUUAUUUACUAAAUAAUAUAGCAUUUAUUGUAAUGUAACACAGAUGCGUUACGUUACCCCGGCUACUCACACCCUUCAGACUAUUGUCACGGCAGGAAAACCCUUUCAAACUCUGCCAGCCCACACAGAAAGUUGUGAGUGAUAAAUGGAUAUUGUGGAAAUACGUACAUAUUUUUAGAUGACAGUAUCUUUAUGCACGACUUCAUGGCAUGCUAGAUAAAUGGAACCAUGCAGCUUUUGAUCAUGUCAAUCCCACUCUGACAAAAUGGUAGCUUAAAGUCAAGGUGGUUAAACUGGUAAUAGUUUUUCCCUCCCAGAACACAAUGUUCUAUUCAUGUCCUCUCAAAGACUGAGGUAGUGAUAAGCAGCAUGUACAUGUGCACACAAAGAGAUACCUGCCCAGUGGAAACCACCCAGCACACCCAUUGUGCUUCUGCUGCUACGCCCAUGGUAGCUUACUGAGCUUACUGCCUUCUGCAGGCAUUGUGCAUGGUAGAACACUGGUCUCAAAUCAGUUUUUGCUUGUCUUAUAUGCUCCCAGACUAGAUCUCCACACCAUUUUCCAAACGAACAGGUAAUAACGUAAUAAUAUGCAUAGACCUUCAAUACAGAAAAGGUUAUGCUUUUAAUAUAGCUAAUAUGAAGAGUUCUCCAAUAACCAGACAUUCUUUACAGAACAGCUUGCCAUAAGAUAUCUGUAAAUCAUGGAAGCCUAACACUUGUCCUUGAGGGCAUAGUGUCUAUUGAUAGUCUGGGAAAUUCUCCCUGCUAGUCUAGUAAUGUAGAUGUUGAGCUCCUAAUGUAGUGUGACCUGCCUGUCAGUAGGGGCCUACCAGAGCUGUGCCUUCCUGAAGUGUGCGUGCCCUAGCAGGUCUGACUCUGCAUGUUUCACAUUCUCCUUCAUUCUCCUCCAUUCCUUUUUAAUGGGAUUUUAUCCGGCGCUUAUCACUAGCUAAGCCCUUGCUGUGGUGCUGACUGGCAGGAAAGUGGGAUACAGAAAGUUCAGUCACUCCUGACCUUUAAGUGUUUUUAAUUAGAGAACCACAGGGAAGUACUCUGUACACAUGACCUCUGGCCUUAAUUGGUGUAAUUACUGUGAUUAUUACAUGUUUACUGUGCCUGGCUACUAAUUCUGAAAUGUUGUGUGAGCCUAAGUCAUUGUGUGUGUGUGUACGUGCGCGGGUGACACGCGUUUGAGUGAAGUUUAAUGUGUACAGCCGUGGUCAAAAGUUGACCACGACUGUACAGUAUGACACAAGUAUUGGUCUUCACAAAGUUUGCUGCUUCAGUGUUUUUUUAGUUAUUGUUUUCAGAUGUUACUAUGGUAUACUGAAGUAUAAUUACAAGCAUUCCAUAAGUGUCAAAAGGAUUUUAUUGACAAUUACAUUAAGGUUAUGCAGAGUCAAUAUUUGCAGUGUUGACCCUUCUUUUUCAAGACCUCUGCAAUCCGCCCUGGCAUGCUGUCAAUUAACUUCUGGGCCACAUCCUGACUGAUGGCAGGCCAUUCUUGCAUAAUCAAUGCUUGGAGUUUGUCAGAAUUUGUGGGUUUUUGUUUGUCCACCCGCCUCUUGAGGAUUGACCACAAGUUCUCAAUGGGAUUAAGGUCUGGGGAGUUUCCUGGCCAUGGACCCAACAUUUCGAUGUUUUGUUCCCCGAGCCACGUAGUUAUCACUUUUGCCUUAUGGCAAGGUGCUCCAUCAUGCUGGAAAAGGCAUUGGUCGUCACCAAACUGUUCUUGGAUGGUUGGGAGAAGUUGCUCUCGGAGGAUGUGUUGGUACCAUUCUUUAUUCAUGAUUGUGAGUGCAGAAUAUCAGUCUGUCCCAGGAAAAACAUUAAAUUUUUUACAUUUUAGUCAUUUAGCAGACGCUCUUAUCCAAAGCGACUUACAGUUAGUGAGUGCAAACAUUUUCAUACUGGUCCCCCGUGGGAAUCGAACCCACAACCUUGACAUAGUCCCGUGUAGCUCAGUUGGUAGAGCAUGGCGCUUGCAACGCCAGGGUUGUGGGUACGAUUCCCACGGGGGACCAGUAUAAUGUUUUUCCUGGAGAGAAGUGGCUUUCUCGCUGCCCUUCUUGACACCAAGCCAUCCUCCAAAAGUAUUUUGCUCACUGUGCGUGCAGAUGCACUCACACCUGCCUGCUGCCAUUCCUGAGCAAGCUCUGCACUGGUGAUGCCCCGAUCCCGCAGCUGAAUCAACUUUAAGAGACGGUCCUGGCGCUUGCUGGACUUUCUUGGGCACCCUGAAGCCUUCAUCACAACAACUGAACCUCUCUCCUUGAAGUUCUUGAUGAUCUGAUAAAUGGUUGAUUUAGGUGCAAUCUUACUAGCAGCAAUAUCCUUGCCUGUGAAGCCCUUUUUGUGCAAAGCAAUGAUGACGGCACGUGUUUCCUUGCAUGUAACCAUGGUUAACAGAGGAAGAACAAUGAUUUCAAGCACCACCCUCCUUUUAAAGCUUCCAGUCUGUUAUUCUAACUCAAUCAGCAUGACAGUGAUCUCCAGCCUUGUCCUCAUCAACACUCUCACCUGUGUUAACGAGAGAAUCACUGACAUGAUGUCAGCUGGUCCUUUUGUGGCAGGGCUGAAAUGCAGUGUAAAUGUUUUUGGGGGAUUAAGUUCAUUUUCAUGGCAAAGAGGGACUUUGCAAUUAAUUGCAAUUCAUCUGAUCACUCUUCAUAACAUUCUGGAGUAUAUGCAAAUUGCCAUCAUAAAAACUGAGGCAGCAGACUUUGUGAAAAUUAAUAUUUGUGUCAUUCUCAAAACGUUUGACCACGACUGUAUGCUGUGCAUGCGUGUGUGCAGACAUGUUUAAACCUGAGGGAUUGUCAUGAUCUGUAGGUGAAAUAGACUGGAACGAGGCAGACCAGACAUGCAAGUACACUAUACAGUGCAUUCAGAAAGUAUUCAGACCUCUUCCCUUUUUCCACAUUUUGUUACGUUACAGCCUUAUUCAAAAAUUUAUGAAAUAUCAAUCUACACACAAUACCCCAUAAUGACAAACGCGAAAACAGGUUUUUAGAAAAUUUUGCCCCCCCCCAAAAAAGGAGGAAUGUCCCAGCCAGAGCCCGGACUUGAACCCGAUCGAAAAUCUCUGGAGAGACCUGAAAAUAGCUGUGCAGUGACGCUCCCCAUCCAACCUGAGCUUGAGAGGAUCUGCAGAGAAGAAUGGGGGAAACUCCCCAAAUACAGGUGUGCCAAGCUUGUAGCGUCAUAUCCAAGAAGAAUCAAGGCUGUAAUUGCUGCCAAAGGUGCUUCAACAAAGUACUGAGUAAAGGGUCUGAAUACUUACAGUACCAGUCAAAAGUUUGGACACACCUACUCAUUCAAGGGUUUUUCUUUAUUUUUACUAUUUUCUACAUUGUAAAAUAAUAGUGAAGACAUCAAAACUAUGACAUUUUACAUUUACAUUUUAGUCAUUUAGCAGACGCUCUUAUCCAGAGCGACUUACAGUUAGUGAGUGCAUACAUUUUUCAUACUGGCCCUCCAUGGGAAAUGAACCCACAACCCUGACGUUACAAGCGCCAUGCUCUACCAACUGAGCUACAGGAGGCCUGAAAUAUCACACAUGGAAUCAUGUAGUAACCAAAAAAGUGUUAAACAAAUACAAAUAUAUUUUAUAUUUGAGAUUCUUCAAAUAGCCACCCUUUGCCUUGACGACAGCUUUGCGCACUCUUAGCAUUCUCUCAACCAGCUUCACCUGGAUUGCUUUUCCAACAGUCUUGAAGGAGUUCCCACGUAUGCUGAGCACUUGUUGGCUGCUUUCCUUCACUCUGCCAUCCGACUCAUCCCAAACCAUCUCAAUUGGGUUGAGGUUGGGGGAUUGUGGAGGCCAGGUCAUCUGAUGCACCACUCCAUCACUCUCCUUCUUGGUAAAAUAGCCCUUACACAGCCUGGAGGUGUGUUGGUUCAUUGUCCUGUUGAAAAACAAAUGAUAGUGGUUUCUUUGCAGCAAUUCAACCAUGAAGGCCUGAUUCACAUAGUCCCCUCUGAACAGUUGAUGUUGAGAUGUGUCUGUGACUUGAACUCUGAAGUAUUUAUUUGGGCUGCAAUUUCUGAGGCUGGUAACUCUAAUGAACUUAUCAUCUGCAGCAGAGGUAACUCUGGGUCUUCCAUUCCUGUGGUGGUCCUCAUGAGAGCCAGUUUAUCACAGCGCUUGAUUAGGUUUUGUGACUGCACUUGAAGAAACUUUCAAAGUUCUUGAAAUUCUCUUAAAGUAAUGAUGGACUGUCGUUGCUCUUUUGCUUAUUUGAGCUGUUUCUGCCAUAAUAUGGAGUUGGUCUUUUAACAAAUAGGGUUCUGUAUACCCCCCCUACCUUGUCACAACACAACUGAUUGGCUCAAACGCAUUAAGAAGGAAAGAAAUUCCACAAAUUAACUUUUAACAAGGCACACCUGUUAAUUGAAAUGCAUUCCAGGUGACUACCUCAUGAAGCUGGUUGAGAGAAUGCCAAGAGUGUGCAAAGCUGUCAUCAAGACAAAGGGUGGCUAUUUGAAGAAUCUCAAAUAUAAAAUAUAUCUUGAUUUGUUUAACACUUUUUUGGUUACUACAUGAUUCCAUAUGUGUUAUUUCAUAGUUUUGAUGUCUUCAUUAUUAUUCUACAAUUUAAAAAAAAUUAGUAAAAAUAAAGAAAAAUCCUUGAAUGAGUAGGUGUGUCCAAACUUCUGACUGGUAGUGUACAUAAAUAUGUUUUAGCGAAGGAUCCAAAAAUAGCUUUAAAACAUCAGGUUUUGUUCAAAUAACCAACUGCUCCACUUUGAGUAGAUAGACAAUUGAAUUUACAAGACUUGCAACAGGAGAUAUAUAGGCAAUAUAAUACAUGUUUCAAAUAUGAACUUUUACAUUCCAUUGGUUUGCUGCUUUAAACAUUUUCUGAUAUGAUUUUAUAGAUAGAUUUUUUGUUCAACCAUUUUGGCACAGUGAGUCAACUACCCAAACCAGAUGCAACUGGUUUGAAGAGGCCAAUAGACGUCAUGUGAUCUCGUACUGCUAGUGGAUGAACUGAGAAUCAGACGGGGGGAUAUAUUUACAUCAAUGGAUAGGUAGAGACUUCAGCUUUCUCCUCAUAUGUACGCUGAGUGGAACACCUUCCUAAUAUUGAGUUGCGCUCCCCCUCCCCCCUUUUAUCCUCAGAACAGCCUCAAUUCGUUGGGGCAUGGACUCUGCAAGGUGUCGAAAGUGUUCCACAGGGAUGCUGGCCCAUGUUGACUCCAAUGCUUCCCAAAGUUGACAAGUUGGCUGGAUGUCCUUUGGGUGGUGGACCAUUCUUGAUACACAUGGAAACUGUUGAGUGUGAAAAAGCCAGUAGCGUUGCAGUUCUUGACACAAACUGGUGCGCCUGGCAAUCCAUGUCUCAAUUGUCUCAAGGCUUAAAAACCCUUCUUUAACCUGUCUCCUCCCCUUGAACUACACUGAUUUUUAAGUGCAUUUAACAGGAGACAUCAAUAUGGGAUCAUAACUUUCACCUGGUCAGUCUAUGUCAUGGAAAGAGCAGGUGUUCUUAAUGUUUUGUACACUCAGUGUAUAUCAUUCCUGUAAGACGAGAAAUGAAGGCAUGGCACAUUGCACAAGCCCUGCGCUUUUUAUUUAAAUGUUUUAUCCUUUUGGAACAGUAAUUGGUGAAAUAUUUUAUUUUAAACCUAGACUUUCAAAUCUAUUAUUCCCCAACAUGGGGGAUCCCCUCCCGCCCUCAAAGAAAAAACAAACAGAAGAACGGUACAUUUCAGGGGUAUUUGGCCCACUGUAUCUCUGCCUCUGUAGUAGUCACACAGUUCCCCACAGUUCUUACCUUUUCUAACAGUAUUAAGCAUGUGUUUGUAGGACUCAUAGCUUUGAAACCGAAAUGUACUUUAUGUGGUUAGUAUACAAUAUUAUGCGGUGUUUAGAAAAUGCCAUCAGAGGGCGUCAGAUUUUAAGAGGUUAAUAGACGCAAUUGAUCUUAUUUCAAGAAAUGCUAAGAUAUUUUACCUUAAAAAGUAAGGUAAAAUAUCUUAGCAUUUCUUGAAAUAAGAUGAAUUACUUGUAUUAUACCUUAGGUUAAUAUAAGUAACAUUAUAUCUGCCAAUGACGUAACAUAAUUUAGUAUAUAUAAGAAUACAAUUCAUAUUUUAAGUGAAUUAUCAUUCAAUAUAAGAUAUUAAGGCUUACUUAGAUUGUCACUGUUUGCAAUGUACCGACUUACAGUGCUUAAAAAAUUAUUUGCCCCCUUUUCUAAUUUUCUCUACUUUUGCAUAUUUGUGAUACUGAAUGUUAUCAGAUCUUCAACCAAAACCUAAUAUUAGAUAAAGGGAACAUAAGUGAAACCAAACUCUGCAUUCCACAGUAAGAACAUCAUACCAAAGGUCAAGCAUGGUGGUGGUGGUGUGAUGGUUUGGGGAUGCUUUGCUGCCUCAGGACCUGGACGACUUGCCUUAAUAGAAGGAACCAUGAAUUCUGCUCUGUAUCAGAGAAUUCUACAGGAGAAUGUCAGACCAUCCGUCUGUGAGCUGACCAUCCGGUCAUGCAGCAAGACAAUGAUCCAAAACACACAAUCAAGUCUACAUGAAAAUUGCUAAAAAGCAACAAAUUGGAAGUUUGGAAUGGCCUAGUCAAAGUCCAGACCUAAUCCCAAUUGAGAUGUUGUGGCAGGACUUGAAACGAGCAGUUCAUGCUUGAAAACCCAUACGUCACUGAGUUAAAGCAGUUCUGCAUGGAAGAGUGGGCCAAAAUUCCUCCACAGUGACGUGAGAGACUGAUCAACAACUACAAGAAGCAUUUGGUUGGAGUCAUUGCAGCUAAAGGUGGCACAACCAGUUAUUGAGUGUAAGGGGGCAAUUACUUUUUCACACAGGGGAAUUGGGUGUUGCAUAACUUUGUUUAUGAAAUUAUGUAAUUGUUGUGUUAUUUGUUCACUUAUGUUCCCUUUAUCUAAUAUUAGGUUUUGGUUGAAGAUCUGAUAACAUUCAGUAUCACAAAUAUGCAAAAGUAGAGAAAAUUAGAAAAGGGGCAAAUACUUUUUCAUAGCACUGUACCUGCCUACCUACCUACCUCACAUGAGAAGUCAUCUUCAUCGUAAGAGUGCACUGUUGAAUGUUUAUGUUCCUUAUUCCUUUCACUGGAGGCCAGGAGAAAACUCAGCCGACCACAAGCUUAGACCUGGACUCAUAAAUACUCUUACACACAGUCACUCGAGGUCACAACCUUCUCCCACUGUGUCAUCGUACUGCUUUGUUCUCCUCUCCUUUAAAAGAGCCUUUAGGACCUGGCUGGGCUGAUAGACCGCAGCAGAUAGAACACUCACAGCAGCACAGAAUGUCUAUCUGUGCAUGACUCUCUCAAAACAACAGAGAGGGGCAUGUUCGUGCCGGGUCAGCUGUGUGUGCGUGUGCGUGCUCCAAGAUUAUUAUAGUAAACGAAAACUGAAACUAAAGUGAAAACUAAAAUUGGAAAACUAUACUGAAACUAUUAUAUUUGACUGCAAACCAAACUAAAAUAAAAACCAUCAUCAAGCUUUUUUUUCUAGUGGGGUUUUCAAGCUUCUGAAUCUGGCGGGUAAAUGCUGCCAGCAGAGGACAAUGUUUCACAUAUGCCUAGCUUGUGUAUCACUAGCUAUCAGUAGCUAACAGGGAGGAAAUCCGAGGGCGAGCGCGGAGCAUGAGUGUGAACCAUAGGCAUGUACAAUGGAGGCAGCAAACCCAACACCAGCAGUGGUCAGUCGCAAAAGGCAAAGCCUUGUAUGGGAUUAUUUGGAGUAUAUUGCUGGAAAGGACAAAAGCAAAUGUAGUGUCAGAAGAUGGCAGCAUGUGUGGAACAGAGACAAAAGGGAAAAACCCAACCAACCUCAAAGUUCAUCUGAACAGCACCCACAAAGGAUUUCAGGAUAAAGUCAAGGUGAGACAGCUAUUAUUUUAGUUUCGGACCCUAACCCCUAUAAGUUCUUAGAAGAACCACUUUUAAUGAACCUUUUGGGGUACAUUUUAUGAACUACACUCUGACUGUGUUAUUAUUAAUAAUACAUAUAACAAUAACACAAUAUUUUAGUUCUCAGUGUUUAUUAUGAUUUUAGUGGCAAAGCAGAAUAACAAACUCCCAGCAGAGCCCCAAGUCCAAUGGGUGUAUCCUCUGGUGUUCUGAUGUUAAUGUAUUGAUGUUCUCCGUAUCCAUAGCCAGAAUGAUUUUGCAGUGCAUGGUGAUCGAACAGGUUUCCUGUUAUAUUCAUCAGAGGUGUACGGAGGGUGAAGUCUGUGAAUCCAAAAAAAUGUAAUUAUAAAGAUGAUUAACAAAACAUGCACAUGACAGUAUUCAUACCUUGGUUUUUGUGGUGAAUGUGAAUGAAAAAAACUGUUUUGAAAAUGGUUUUCAUACACAUACCUUGUCCAUAAUGUAGAGUCCUAUGGGAUAUUCAUUGAAGAGGUAAGGGAGGAGGAUGGUAAAUGUGAUCUGCAUAACAUACCAAUACCAAUUGACAUGCCUUUGUAUGCCUCCAUGUCUGUAUACCUGCAGACACAGACACAAAAGGGAGCAGUUCAGUCAUCUGCACCCAAUACAGCUAGCCUUCAACAUAUUCUUAUAACCUACAUAUUCUUACCUCUUUGUUGAUUGAUAUCCAUUGAAUUGUGUCCAUUUUCUGUUUUAGAAAGAUUUACACAAAUAUGAAAAGAUAGAUGGUAUCAUCAUAAAACAAUAUCAAUUUAGAUCAUACAAGGGACAAACCUUACCUUAAAUUGAGGCGAUCUUUAUAUUUGUCAGUUAAGUGCAUGCACCUGCUGUCCUUUCAAAUUCAAAUCCAAAUGAUUCAGUUGGGCAGUUAGGUUCCUGGAAGAACCCCCAUCAACUAAGAAGGUUCCUCGAUGAACCCCACCUCCUAUGGGGUUCUUGGAAUAACCUUUUGGGGGCCAUUUUCAGUGCCAUGAACCCUAAGGUUCUUCAAAGAACUUUGAGGAUCUUAGAAGAACCCUUGUUGAACCCCUAAUUUUUAGUGUGUAUAGCCAUAGAAGCACUGUGACAUAUGCCUUAAUGCGGUCAUAUUCGUGGUUUAUUGGGGGUGUGGCUUUCAGUUAGUUAUUUUUGGCCACCCAUCCCAUGAGAGUGAAUUUCAUUCCAGUUCAUCUGAAUGUCAUUCCAGUGCACUGCUUGCUAUGAAUUCUAUCUGAUGGUGUUUAGGUAAAAAUACAAAUGUAUUUUGUUGUUGUUGUUGCUUAAUCUAAUCUGAUUGGCCCACCCGUGCCUACUUGGCUGAAGAAGGUUUUGAACAGUUUGGGGUCGCAUGGGUUGCGAGGUGGGGGUUUGUUACUACGCCGAUUUAAAUGACAAUAUCCAUCCGGAGCUUUGCCACCUAGGACAUUUGUGUGACCGGACCAUCUCAAGUAGUACUGGAGUACCCCUGCUAUAGGCCUACAACACAUAAAUGGCUCCUAGCCUCCCAUGCAUAAGGCUACUUUCUGUCACUAACACUAAAACUGAAACUAAAUAAUAUAAAAGCGAAAUAUAAAUGUUUUUAUCAAACUGAAACUGAAUAAAAACUGGUAAAUCAAGUCUGAAAACGAACUGAAACUAAACAGAAUUUCAAAUGAAAAGCUAAAAACUAAUAGAAAUAAAAACUAAUAGAAAAUCACAAAACUAUAAUAACCUUGGUGUGCUCACUAAAUGAAGUCUCUGUCUGUGUCAGAGUGUAUCAGCACCACCCUGAUGACUGUGUUAGAUCCUGGGUAACAGGCAUGAACUCGUUCUGCUGAUUUCCCUCAGCCUAAUCUGACUCUUUUAAAUUUAGUCUGUUACUGGUUGAAUAAUCAUGUUAUUGACUUAAUUCCUGAAAGACCUAGCAAUAUAUCAAUAUUCUGUAUUAUCGACUACUGAUGUAACUGUAAUGUAAUGGCACAUGGCUACAUGCUCAGUAUGUGUCGAAUGUACAAUAAUAAUAUCACCAAAAGUCUGAAAUGUUAUUUGUUUUCCAUUGAGACUGUAAACUGAUCUUUGAUGUCACAGCAUUAAUCUGUUGGGUAUCAUACAUAUUAGAUUGGGUAUCGUCACUGUAAUCCCUCCCCUCCCCGGUUGUGUGUGUGUGUGUGUGUGUGUGUGUGUGUGUGUGUGUGUGUGUGUUAUGACUAUUGACUAUCUCUGUUUGACUGUUGUAUUAAUCUUUUAAUCUAUUUGUCAUUUUGGCUGUACCUACAUUUCCCAUUUUCUCCUCCUGUACCUGUUUUGUCCCUACCUACAAAGGUCUCACCUCUCUCUUUUCUAUGAAUGACAAUGUCAUGUUGAUUUAAAAACCAUAAUUAAACAACCAAUCUAUGCAAAACCUGCUGGACAGAGCCAUUGAGCCAUUGAUUGCCCACGUGAGUCAUAUUGCGUAAGAAAGCUCCAUUCAUCCUGGUGAGAUACCUGUAGCACUGAUGUAAAGGUCGGAGUUCUAGCUACUGUGGCAUGAUGAUAACAUGGAAAUGUUUUCCGUUUGCUCAGAUGUUAUACAUUCCUCGUUUGCUUACUGCAUCAGGAGGUAAAUAUACCACUUUCCCAGGCGCAGAUUGAGGUUCGUACAUCACAGUAGUACACAUUUUCAGACAUGCCCCUCGUGCGAAUAUGGAAUGUCAAUUGUAGAUUUGCUGAUGGGAUGUAAAGUAGUAAGAGAUAUUAGCCUCUCCACAAAAUUCUUAUCAGCCGUAAAUCACAGGGAAUUAUGUAUUCAGUUGAUUAUUUUAGUCCAGUGAGAUCCCAUUGACUGUGUUGUUAGAUAAAAGUAAUUGGGAACAUGAUUUCAUUGUGUAACAUUAUUCUAUUGUGUAACAGACAGAUAAAAGUGUUAAGAACAUUCUCUCCCAACAGGAUCAAUCUUGUUUAAAUACUGACACCUUCAUACUGUCUAGCUCCUUUACUCCACCUUGUGGGGAAUGUGUGUGGUGAGAAUCGGAUUCCUAUAGAUCUCCUGAUCUCAUCUGUCAGUUAAACCACAGUAGUUGUCAUAAAUGCCACAGUAGCUAGUCAGUAUGAUUUAAAUGGUUGCUUCAAGCAGAUGAGAGUUUAGAGUGUCUAACCACUAUUUCCCUUUGCGUGUGUGUGUUUGAGCGUUUGUGUCUGAUCCCAGCAUGGUCAGUGUCAUAACCACGCUCUGACCAAUCCAGGGUCAGCAUGUCCACAAACUGAGAGCAGUGGGAAUCAGUCGCUCAGGGACAUGAGGAGGGGGGUGCUUAUUGGAGGGAUGGGCAGAAUUAGCCUUCUGGGAUUAGUGUCUGAGUUCGCAUUGUCUAGUGAUGGAACCACUAGAACUGGGCAAUAACUCAAUGAACUGGGUGGUAAUAACAACAACAGCAACAAGGGAUAUCUCUUCUAUCCUGAUCCACUGAAUUAUUUUGUCUGUAUCGGAUGAUGAUCUACCCUAAAACAAAACAAACUCACUGGGAUAGUUUUGAACUCCUGUUUACUUUCGAAGGAUAAAAUCUGUUUUAAUACAUUUAGGGGGAUUAUAUUACCAUGGUAUCUCAGUAGCUAUGGUGGUGCUUUUGACUCAGAAUGUUUACUGUCUGCCAGUGCCUUUGCUUUUCAAGAGGAAAGGUGAGUUACAGUAUAGGCUAAAACAAUGGGCUAAGUCCUGGAUAUUCUCAGACAGCGUUUUCAUUUAUGAUACAUACCUUGAAUUCCCUUCUUGAAGUUUAAUGGCCAAGCAAGUGUUGGCCAUAAAACCUUUCUAGGUCCUUUCUAGGUGAUAAGGGAAGGGUGGUUAACUGUUUCAAUUGAUAUGAGUAAGACUGUAAAGUGAUUAGUUCAUAUCUGUAGUCAUGAAAUGUGUUAACUGUUAGCUAUCGGGGUGAUACAGAGCCCAAAUGGACCAUUCCAUUUGAUCUCUUCUUAUGAUGUUAAAAUGUUGUCUAAAUGUAUUUUGGUGAAUGUCUAUCACUGAGAGCUUGUAAUUCCUUACUUUGCUGGUGUACUGUCACUGUUUCUGCAAAACACUUAAUUCAUCAAUCAUUCUGACUGAAUUGACAGUUUGUGUGAACUUGUUGUUAUUAUUAGGAGGAUAUGGUAAAUGUGGUCAAUGGUAUAUUUCCAAAGAAAUAAAGAGAUGGUGAUGUGUAUAGCAGCAAUCAUUUGAGAGCACAUGGUUGACAGGACUAAUUCCAGCAUGGUCCUCCUAGCCCAACAGAGCAUGUACAAGACAAGACGUGGCUAAAUUUAAAGCAGCUUUGUUUAACUAAAGAUGACGGCUUACCACAUGGCCACGGAUGCCCCACACUCUUAACAUCACCUCACUGAUCCUAGAUGUCAGGACUGCUGUUCUGUAAGGGGUACUACUACACUGCUAGUGUUCUCAUGAUAACCCUAUAACAUUGCUUCUCUGAAUUAUAUGAGAGUAGGAAUGUUUGGGGAAUAUACUGGCUGAUUAUCUCAAUGAAGCCUACUGGGACUUGUGGCUAAUGUAGUUGAUGAAUACCAUUUAAAUGUUGAGGCCAAUUAUCCAAUCUUUUGGGUUGUUGCAUAAUUUUCAUUGCACGUAGCAGCCAUUUUUAUAGUGAGUUAUAUAAAGAUUGUUUUGGAACAGGAUUGAUAAGUAGAGACAUAUCAGUUCACGUUCAACUUUUGUGGAUAUAAUUAAUAUCCAAUUAUUUUGAUACAAUGUAGUUUUGUCAAUGAUAUUGUGCAUUUAUUUACACAUGCUGUAAUGAAAAUGCAUGCAUAAAUAUACACAGUAUGUAUGUAUAGCCACUCAUAUUCUAUCUCUCUCUCUCUCUCCUCCCAGCAGUCCCAAAGCAUGAGGAUGAGGGGACUCGCGUUCCUCCACACUUCCAGGAGAAUGUGUUCAUCGAAGGCAGCCGGCCCAAGUACCUGGAGGACCUGCACACUGAGGCCCAGGAGGGACUCAAACUGCAGCAGCAGGAAGGUACUAAACGCCCUGCAAAUCCCUCCAAAUACUGACACUUACUCCAUCACCUACCCCUGAUUAGAUUAACUCAUUAAGUAAAGUUACUGUGGGGCCACUCUAUUAGAAAUAUUUUGACCUUUAUUUCAGAAACCAAUAAUGGGGUAGAUUACCAGGAUGACCAAAGCGUCACUGUAAGUUUCCCAUUCUACAUUUCAACCACAGUGCUACAUCAAAUCACUAAACAUUAGUCUAUCACAAGUUUACACCAAACCUGCUUUAAUUAAGCGUAUACUAAUGAUUUACUGUUGAACUUUCUGGGAUUCCUACAGUCGACGGUGACCCGGCAGCCAGACGACACUGAGAGUGACAGUUAUAGUGAGAGGAGAGGCUAUCUUUCAGACAGCACCAUACCAGACACUGUGUCCCAGGUCUCAACACGCUCCACUGUCUCCACACGGUCCUCACGGUCAGGACUGACCCGCCAAGGUAACCUGACAUGACCAUAACCAGAGAAUGAUUCAUACUGGAACCACUAUAAAACCUUGUCCAACCACUGAUUGUUGGUGUUGCUAAUUUUGACCUAAUAUUUCUCUCCUGCUUUUUGUCUCUUUCCCCAGCAUCAACAUUCAGGCCCCUGAAGCCAGAGAAGGCCAAGGCCAGGAGGAGACACAGGAGAACCACAGUUAUGGGGAUACCACAACACAUCCAGAGGGAACUGGGUAAGCUACUCAUUAUUUAUGCUCUAAGUGAAUUGAAAUGUGUCAAUAUAGGCCAUUGUGAAGAUACCUGUGGAUAAUUUCACUCUUAAUACAAGCACAUACUCUUCUAUUGGCUUGUGUAGCUGUAUAUGAACCUAUCCUGAUUUGUCCUGUUCCUCACUUAAGGGCUGGACAGAGCAUCAUGGGCAGGUCGUCAGGUUAUAGACAAGGAUGGGCUCCCUAACGGUGAGAGUCUGGACUUCCCCACCAUCGAUGGGACUCACCUGGCUGGUUCCGAGGAGGGGGUGAGGAUGUACCUCCAGUCUGUAGAAGGCCUGCAACCCGUCAGUGAGGACCAGAUCCAGAAGUUCCCCUCCCGGGCCGGACACAGGGACGACCUUGCUCUCCUCCAGCGCAUGGGCCCCCAGCAGUCCGGCCUGAAGAGGCCCAAGUCCCUGGCUGUCCCCUGGAUGACCACAGCCUCUAGCCUGCAGCAGCUGCACCCCAACCCCGUCAUGUCCAUGUCCCCCCAGGCCACCUACAUGUCUAAGAUCAUCCCCAAUGCUGUCCUGCUACCUUCCAUAGAUGUGGUGGAGAUCACCCGGAACCGCAGUCGGAGCAGCGUUCGUACCGUCAGUAAGAGCAGCCUGCUGCUGGUCAGCCCUGCCUCCUCCAGAGCCUCCUCCAGAGCCUCCUCCAGAGCCUCCUCCCGCGCUUCCUCCCACGCCUCUACCAUGUCCUCCGCCUCCCGUUACAACCCAUCACACUUCUCUGACAGCUCUGGAUGGAGCCACUCUGAGUCCUCUGAGACACUGGUGUCUGACUCCUCCACCAUCUCCUCCAACAGCACCACCAGGCAGGGGGGCUCACAGGAGGGGGGUGGGGAGGGUUCAUCCAGGGAGACGGCCCUGGACAGAGAGAGUAUCCACUCCUCUGUCAGUAAGGUCUCCAGGACCUCAGCCACCAACGGCAAAGGGAAAACCAGAGGGGAUGAUUGCAAACAGGAGGGGCCCUUCACCCGGACCAUGUCUGUGAUGAAGUCCAAGAGGGCACCGGCCCCACCCAGCCGCUCCUACUCCCUACACAAGGACAAGUUGAAGAGGUGCACGCGAGACCUGAUUGACACCAUGGUUGCUGCCCCUCCCCAAAGCAGCCCAUUCCAGGGUGGGGAGGCUAAGGCUGUCAGUGCUGGGGAAACUCCCAUGCCCUCCAGUAACAAAAGUAGCCCUGGCUACACAGCAGACAUCAGCUGUCUGGAUGAGUCUUCAGGCUCUGUGACAGCCAGCCCCUUCAACACCCCACAACAGGCAGCCAUGGAGGAGGUGAGGAAUGAGCAGCCAGGCUCCACAGGCUCCUCUCCCCAGAAGCAAACCCCCCAGGAAAAUGGCCUGAAGAAUGUCUCCCCCUCCAGCGGCUACUCCAGCCACGGUGGCACGCCCACCCUCCCUUCCAAACAAACCCAUAACCCAUCUCCAGGGAAAAAGAGAGGCAUCCUGGGCAAACUAGCAAGCAUCUUCCCCAAGGCACCAUCCCCUGCAUCUUCAGCCCCAUCACCUGUCAUUCAGCCACAGGCCUCUGACAGCAGCAAGACGACUAAGCCACAGCCAUCCCCUCCAGUCGACAGUGUAACUCCCUCACCUUCAGUCAUGUCAAUCAGAGAGCUGUUCAACAUCCCGCCUCCACCCAAGGUGUCUGCCCCCUCUCCUCCUCCCCCGGAGGUAUGGGCACACAACAAGCGCACCUUUGAACUGCUACUAGGUCCCCCGGCCCCCAACAACACGGAUACGGUGGUGCGAAAGAACCCAAAGGAUCGACGACAGCAGAGGCAGUCUCCUUCCACAUCAAGAGAGGGUUCUGUUAAGAACUUGUCACCUGAGAGGAGGGAUGAGGAUGCAGCACCAGAGCAGGAGGCAGGAGGUGUGCUGGAGAGGGUCACUGAGCCUCAAGCUAAAGAGCAGACCGGUCCAGCAGACCAGGAGAUGGAACACUCUUCCACUGUGGAGACUAGUAAUCCAGCAGCACAUAUGUCUGAGUCAGGAAAGGGUCAGGAGAGUGAAGUAGCACAGAAGGUUGAAGAAGACCGGGUUCAAGGAAGUCAGCUGGGAGUUGAAGAGAAGGUGCAGGGAAGUCUGUUGGUGGUUGAACCAGAGAGGGUCAUUGUAAAUCAGUUGAUAGGUAAACUAGAGAAGGUCCAGACAAGUAAUUUGGUAAAUGGAAAGUCAGUAAAGGCCUCAGUAGCGCCAGGAAAGGGCCUAGGAAAAGUAAAGACAGAAAUACAGACGACUACUCCUGCUGCAGCGAAAAAGACUGAAUUCCAACCUAAAAUGGACACGUCUAUGGUAAGCCCUGCUCUAGCACGCAUCUCGCCAUCUCCUUCUCCUCCCCCAGCACACCAUCCUCCCCUUCCCCCUUCCAAACAGACCCCACCUGUGGCCACAUCAGACUUUACACCCGCUCCAGAGCCCCAACUAGUCUCCCCCACUGGGGAAUCCUCCUGGCCCCCACCCCCUCCUCCCAUGGACUUGGCCACCCUUGGCAAUGAGCUUGACCUGCCCAUUCCCCCACCACCAAAGGUAGUUAUUACAGAACAUGUGCCCCCUGUUUCAUCUGUACCACAGGGAAUCCCACCUCCACCCCAGAGUAUCGCACCGCCGCCUCCCCAAGAGGCCCCGCCUUCACCAAAAGCAAGGUUUGGUCCACCCUCCUACAUUCCUCCACCACCUCAAAGUAUUCCACCCCCACCUCCACUGAAACACAUACAGCAGCCCAGUCCAGUGACCACAGAGAGACAGAACCAAGAGAAGAAGUCCUUCAGCAAGAGCUCUCUCUCUCCCACUCCCCCAGAGGAGGGCUCCACUCCUGUGGUCACCCCCUCCCUUCUGCAGACAGUCAAGCUGAGGUCUGUCAAUAAUGGUGACCAGGGUCAGGAAAAGGACCAGAAUCAGGGACAGGACCAGACAGAGGUCACUUUGAGGGCCAAACAACCCAAUAACGGUGAGGCUCCCCAGAAGCCUAUUCGAAGGUCUCUGUUCAUAACAUCUCCCCCUCCCACUGUCACAUCCCCAAAAACUACUGUUAUCUCACAACCUCCCAUGGCCCAAGCCCCAGAGGCAGCCACAGCCCCAGCCACAGAGGCAACCCCAGAGGCAGACCCAGAGCCUUCCCCAGCCACGGCCACAUCCCCAGAGGCAGCCACAUCCCCAGAGGCAGCCACAUCCCCAGAGGCAACCUCAGCCCCGGAGGCAGCCACAGCCUCAGCUCCAGAGGGAGCCCUAACCCCAGCCACAACCCCAGAGGCAGCUCCAGCCACAUUCCCAGCUGAGGCCCUAGAGGCAGCCACAGCCUCAGCUGAAACCCCAGCCCCAGCCAAGCCCCAGCCCAGCAUAGUUAAUUUACCCUCAGAGUCAUCCACUGUCACCUCUCCUACGAGGAAGUCACCUCCUGCCUCAGCCACCACCCCCUCCAUGAGGAUGCAGGAGGCCAUCCGCUUGAGGACAGCUUCCAGAAGUAAAGAGGGGCCUCCCUCUCGUCUUAGCCUGCACUCCCCAACAAGUCUCAUGUCUCCCUCCUCCACCGCCAGUUUCAUCUUUGCCAAGAGCACAAAGAAGAUUGUCAUAGAGACCCCCUCAUCCCCUGAGGCCCAGGCCAAUCUCACAAAGAACCUGAUAGCUGAGCUUUCAUCUGUGUCUAAUCCAGCCAAGUCCACAGACACACAGAAGAAUGUGGUGGUCAAGGUGCCUCCACCUGUGUCAAGGAAACCCAAGCCUAAGGUCAGUGUGGAGAUUGAGCAUGUGCAAACUGCGGGACAGGAAGCAUAG